AUGGCGUUGGCAGAUAAACUAGACGUUCGUCGCAUCGCCAUCAUUGGUGCUGGCCCAAGUGGCCUCGCAGCUGCCAGAUACCUUCUUGCAGAGAAGAAAUUCUCCAAAAUCCGAGUCUUCGAGCAACGUGCCACACCAGGAGGCGUUUGGAACUAUACACCUCUGGCCCGAGAACAAGGCUUUUCAGUUCCAAGAACCCAGCCUAGUUUCACACCAGAUCAAGCCCUAUGGCCCAACGACAAUGGCGAUGUUGAGUUUAUGUCACCCAUUUACGACCUUCUUGAGACGAACAUUCCUCAUUCUCUCAUGAGAUACUCUGAUAAGGAGUUUCCUCAAGGCUCGUCACUGUUCCCCCGACAUAGCGUUGUGCUACAGUAUCUGAAAGAAUAUGCUCAGGAAAUCAACCCUCACAUCUCAUAUCAGACACAGGUGUUGAAUAUUGAGAAACCUGGUCCAAGCCGUUCUCAACCCUGGACGGUUGAGAUGCUUGAUCUCAAAGCCAACAAGGUCAUAAAAGACGAGUAUGACGCUGUUGUAGUGGCCAGUGGGCACUAUAAUGAUCCAUUCAUCCCCGAUAUUCCUGGGCUCGUCGAAUUUGACAAGGCAUACCCAGGGGCUAUAUCACAUUCCAAAUUCUAUCGACGCCCCAAUGACUUCAAGGAUAAGAAAGUCAUUGUUGUCGGAAACUCUGCCUCUGGAGUCGACGUGAGCGCACAACUAUCUACUGUUGCAAAGCAGCCCAUCUUUGUCUCUGAAAAGGAGAAGCCCGCCGUGAUACCACCCGCCAAAGAGCCAUGGGCCGCGGGCGUUCCCGAGAUUGCCGAGUUUCUCCCAUCUCAACGUGGUGUUCGCUUUGCCAACGGCCAGAUCGAGAACGACAUUGAUGCAGUCAUAUUCUGCACCGGUUUCCACUACUCGUACCCCUUCCUAAAGUCUCUUGACCCAGCUGUCGUUGUACCCAGUGGAGGUCAUGCAGCACAUCUCUGGGAGCAAAUUCUCUACACCGCGGAUCCUACUUUGUCAUUUCUUAGUGUUCCGCAGCGAAUUGUCCCAUUCCCUAUUGCUGAAGCCCAGAGUGCAAUUGUUGCCCGCAUCUGGUCUGGACGCUUGAACCCUCCUUCAGGAGCUGCCAUGGAAGCAUGGGUGCGGGAGCAGCACGAAAAGAAAGGAGAAGGCAAGGCAAUCCAUGUCAUGGCGUUCCCCGAAGAUGUCGACUACAUCAACCGUUUGUACGAACUGAGCAAAGCCGCGACCAAAGUCCCUGAUCUCGGCCUCGAGAACGAUGGUGAGGGCAAGAGACCGCCUUACUGGGGACUCGAUAAGCGAUGGGUGAGGGAGAGAGUACCUAAAAUCAAGCUGGCGAGCAGAGCAGCGGGUGAUAAGAGACAUGAACUGAGGACAUUGGAAGAUCUCGGAUUUGAUUAUGAAGAAUGGAGGAGGACGGUCGAAGAGGGGGAGAAGUUAUUCUACACUUGA